GUAAGAUGGUGGCCCGUCUGGCUGUAAAACCCACCGAAAGCUGAGAGUCUCUCUCUCUCAGCCGUAAAGGUCGGACUCGUUGAAGCAAUCAGGCCCGGUUGUAAGGAGUUUUUUUUCCCCGGCCCGUGUUCACUGGUCUCCGGCGAGGACGCGGCGGCGCGUGGAGUCGGCUCCGGGAACAGCGAGGCACGGCUGGCGGGUCUUCAAAGUCUACGUUUUAGCUCUCAGCGCUCAACUUCCUUCUCCCUUAAAUUAUUAUAAACUUUUGCUGCUGUUUAAAAAUCGUGAAGAUGUCUCGCAGUCCUGAUGCGAAGGAAGACCCUGUGGAAUGCCCUCUUUGCAUGGAGCCCUUGGAGAUAGACGACAUCAACUUUUUCCCCUGCACUUGUGGCUAUCAGAUCUGCCGAUUUUGUUGGCAUCGAAUUCGCACUGAUGAAAAUGGGCUUUGUCCUGCAUGUAGAAAGCCAUAUCCAGAAGACCCAGCAGUAUAUAAACCACUCUCCCAGGAAGAACUGCAGAGGAUAAAGAAUGAGAAAAAACAGAAACAAAAUGAGAGAAAACAGAAAAUAUCAGAAAAUCGCAAACACUUGGCUAGUGUACGCGUGGUACAAAAAAACCUCGUCUUCGUUGUAGGGCUGUCUCAGCGCUUGGCAGACCCAGAGGUUUUAAAACGACCAGAAUAUUUUGGGAAGUUUGGUAAAAUACAUAAAGUUGUCAUCAAUAAUAGCACAUCAUAUGCAGGCUCACAGGGUCCCAGCGCCAGUGCUUAUGUGACCUAUAUCCGGUCCGAAGAUGCGCUCAGAGCCAUACAGUGUGUCAACAACGUGGUGGUAGAUGGCAGAACACUUAAGGCAUCUCUAGGCACAACAAAGUACUGCAGCUACUUCUUAAAGAAUAUGCAGUGUCCAAAGCCCGACUGCAUGUAUCUCCAUGAACUGGGGGACGAGGCGGCCAGCUUCACAAAAGAGGAAAUGCAGGCGGGCAAACACCAAGAAUAUGAACAGAAGUUACUUCAAGAAUUAUAUAAAUUAAAUCCCAAUUUUCUCCAGCUGUCUACGGGUUCAGUUGACAAGAAUAAGAACAAAGUGACCGCACUGCAGAGGUACGACACCCACUUUGCCAGGCCAUCUCCAUCUCUUUCUCCGAUGUUUGGAAAGAAUGCACAACAAAUAUCUCACAGUGAUACGCCUUCACCACCACCCGGUUUAUCAAAAUCCAACCCUGUCAUGCCCAUCAGCUCAUCCAAUCACAGCGCACGGUCUCCUUUUGAAGGGGCAGUAACAGAGUCACAGUCUUUAUUCUCAGACAACUUUCGCCACCCCAACCCUAUCCCCAGUGGGCUUCCUCCUUUCCCCAGCUCCCCACAGACGUCCAGUGACUGGCCGACAGCACCUGAACCACAGAGCCUCUUCACGUCAGAAACAAUCCCAGUGUCGUCCUCUACAGACUGGCAAGCAGCUUUUGGCUUUGGUUCUUCUAAACAACCGGAGGAUGACUUGGGAUUUGAUCCCUUUGAUGUCACUCGCAAAGCCUUAGCAGACCUGAUUGAGAAAGAACUCUCCGUUCAAGACCAACCUUCACUUUCACCCACCUCCCUCCAGAACUCCUCACACACUACAGCCGCCAAAAGUCCAGGCUCUGGCUUCCUGCAUCCUGCUGCAUCCGCAAAUGCCAACUCUCUCAACAGUACCUUCUCAGUCUUGCCGCAGAGGUUCCCUCAGUUCCAGCAGCACCGAGCCGUUUACAAUUCCUUCAGUUUCCCAGGCCAGGCCGCCCGCUAUCCUUGGAUGGCCUUUCCACGCAAUAGCAUCAUGCACUUGAACCACACAGCAAACCCCACCUCAAAUAGCAAUUUCUUGGACUUGAAUCUCCCGCCACAGCACAACACAGGUCUGGGAGGGAUCCCUAUAGCAGACAACAGCAGUUCUGUAGAGAGUUUAAAUAUGAAGGAAUGGCAGGACGGGCUAAGGGCACUACUACCCAACAUUAACAUCAGCUUUGGUGGACUGCCCCAUUCCUCCUCCCCCUCCAACGCCAACCACAGUGUACCAACAUCCAACACUGCCACCAGCGACGGUCUGAGUUGGGACAGCCCGGGCAGCUGGACAGACCCGGCCAUCAUCACAGGUAUCCCAGCCUCUUCAGGAAACAGUUUAGACUCUCUUCAAGAUGACAAUCCUCCCCACUGGCUCAAAUCCCUCCAGGCCCUCACAGAGAUGGACGGCCCCGGCGCUGCCCCCUCCCAGCCCCACCACAGCGCCCCCUUCAGCACACAGAUCCCGCUGCACAGAGCCAGUUGGAACCCCUACCCUGCUCCUUCCAACCCUUCCAGCUUCCACUCGCCACCCCCGGGCUUCCAGACGGCCUUCAGACCCCCCAGCAAACCCCCCACAGAUUUGCUACAGAGCUCGACACUGGACCGCCACUAGAGUGAGGGGAGUGGAGACGCAGGAUCUGUCCCGCCCUCCCUCAUCUCUUACGUUCUGAAGAAUCGGUUCCUGAUCAGUUUAU